CGAGUCGGUUCUCAACCUUCACCUAAAAGAGUCAGCUGUAAGAGUCGAUUCACUCGCCAAAGAAAACAUCACUAGUCUGAUCAUGGCGAAUGUAGUCCUCGAGUUUAAGGCUUCUGUCGGUGAUUUAGAGCCCAAAGGUUGCCCAGUGCUCAUCAUUGGGCAGCUCGGAUACUUGCAACAAAUCAACUGGACUCAAGUUAAAGGGAAACUGCUGCCGGUGGUGACCAAAGAGACAUGGCAGUCAGCUUUGAGCAGUCUCAAUCCCAACCCUACAGACAGUUGCCCUCUGUAUUUGAAUUAUGUGAGUGUGGCGGCACUGCCCUCUCGCGUAAGCCGUCACAACAGUCCAUCCUCUGCCCACUUUCUUACUCGGUUGGUACGCACCUGCCUGCCUGCUGGCAACAAUCGCUGCAUCCUGAUGCUGUGUGAACAGUCUGAUGUGUUUGCAUCAGCAUGUGCCAUUGCCCGUGCUUUCCCACUCUUUACUCGCCGCUCUGCCUCGUGCACACUGGAGAAGAAGCGUGUCACCGUGGAGUUUGUCAUUGUUGGCCAGGACACUAGCCAUUUGGAUCCUUCCACGUUGGCUUCCCUUAAUAAUGUGGUCGAUGGUGUUCGUCUGGCAGCACGAAUUGUGGACACUCCUUGCAGUGAGAUGAAUACCGACCACUUUCUGGAGGAGAUCAAAGCAGUGGGAAACGAACUGGGCAUCACACCAACUAUAAUUCGAGGCAAGGAAUUAAAACAAAGAGGCUUUGGAGGUAUUUAUGGUGUAGGUAAAGCAGCUGAACACCCACCUGCUUUGGCUGUGCUUAGUCACACUCCCUCAGGUGCCACUCAAACCAUUGCAUGGAUUGGCAAGGGCAUUGUAUAUGACACAGGUGGCCUUAGCAUUAAAAGCAAAAGCACAAUGCCAGGCAUGAAGAGAGAUUGUGGCGGAGCAGCUGCUAUUUUGGGAGCUUUUAAAGCCGCUGUGAAGCAGGGGUUUAAGGACAACCUGCAUGCAGUGUUCUGCCUGGCUGAGAACGCAGUAGGGCCUACAGCCACUCGGCCAGAUGAUAUCCACACACUGUACUCUGGAAAGACAGUGGAAAUAAAUAAUACUGAUGCAGAGGGAAGGUUGGUGCUGUCUGAUGGUGUUGUAUAUGCCAGUAAGGAUCUCGCUGCAGAUAUUAUCCUGGAUAUGGCAACUCUGACUGGAGGCCAGGGAAUCUCCACUGGAAAAUACCAUGCUGCUAUUAUGACCAACAGUGAGCAGUGGGAGAUGGCGUGUGUGAGAGCAGGUCGCAGCAGUGGUGAUCUCACGCAUCCUCUUGUCUACUGCCCUGAACUCCACUUCAGCGAAUUCACCUCUGCAGUUGCUGACAUGAAGAACUCUGUAGCGGGUGUCUACAACAAAGUUGUGAAAUUUGACACACUGAUUGGGGAGAGUCUAAGGAACAUUUUGAAAAAAUUUGGGCCAAGUGCUGCCAAUGCUCUAGCACCACCAUGGAUCAUGGACCAUCAGGACCAUAACCCGAGGCUAUGCAACAAAUAUUGUUGCAAAAACCACCUACUGGUCAUAAUUUACAAUAACAUGCUAAACAUGCUUACAUCUAAUUGCCUUUUUUUCUACUCCUCCUCCAAAGUUUGUCCAGUCUUCCGCAAAUUUGGCUCAUCCUGAGACCAGUCUGAACAAAUUUAUCAAAGGAACUCAAAACCGUAUUCUGCAUUUUUGUGAUUGUUUAUGCAACAAUUGUAGCACAUCUGUGAAUGUAUGGCUUACAGAGUCUGGGUACUUGGUCCCUGAAAAUGCUAAUUGUAGCUUUAAUUAUUAUUAUUAUUAUUACUACUACUACUUCUAUAAUGGACCCUGCUCCUUUUAUCAACAGUCACAUCAUCAGUAAAUAUAAGGGAACCAGUUCCACUGCCAGUCAUGCAUACCCAUAGCAUAAGAUGAGGUGGUAUGCUUCAGAUCAUGAGCAGUUCCAUUCCUUCUCCAUACUCUUCUCUUCCCAUCCUUCUGGUACAAGUUGAUCUUUGUUGCAUCUGUCCGUUGGAUGAUGCUUCAGAACUGUACAGGUUUUUUUAAAUAGAUGUUUUUGGCAAACUCUAAUUUGGUCUUUCUCUUUUGAGGAUUACCAGUGUCUUUCAUCUUGUGGUAAACCCUCUGUACAUACUCUGGUGAUGACUUCUCUUGAUUGUUGACUUUGACCCAGAUACACCUACCCCUUGCUCGUUCUUCAUCUGGCCAACUGUUAUAAAGGAUUUUUUUUUUCUGUUUUCCACUACAGUUGUUUUCCAUGUUCUUCUUUUGGUGUUCCUGAGCUGUGGUACCAUGACCACAUAUACAAAGUGCUGUAAUUCCUACAUCGUUCUCCCACACACCCAAAUUAUAGCUGAAAGUCUGCACUUUGAUAUUAUAAUAUAUAUUUUAAUAUACUACAAUAUGAUAUUCAUUAUGUAAUUUCAACUUUAGCAUGCUCUGGUAGACAGCUAAAAUAACAAUUUUGGGUCAGUGUCCAAAUAUUUACAGACCUGACUGUAUUAAAAUAUAUUCUUUGGCCACACGUUUGUGGACACCUAACCAUCACACCCAUGUUUGCUUUUUGAACAUCCCAUUCUAGAUUAAGUUCCUACUUUGCAGUUGUAAUAUGCUUCACUCUUCCGGGAAGUUUUUCCACUAGAUUUUGAAACAUGACUAUGAAGAUUUGCCCAUUCAGCCACAAUAGCAUUAGUGAGGUCAGGUACUGAUAUCAGGCAAGGAGGCCAGGGGCACAGUUCGGAUUCCAUUUCAUCCCAAAGGCAUCCAGUGGGGUUGUGGUCUGGGUUUUGUGUAGACCACUUGAGUUCUUCCAUUCAAACCUUGGCAAACCAUGUCUUCAUGGACCUCACUGCAUAGGGGCAUUGUCAUGCUGGAACAUGUUUGGGCUUGGCCCCUUAAUUCCAGUGAAGGGAAAUUUUAAUGCUACAGCAUAAUAAACAGUUAUGUGCUUUCACCUUCGUGGCAGUAGCUUGGGGAAGGCCCACAUAUGGGUGUGAUGGUCAGGUGUCCACAUACUUUUGCCCAUAUAGUGUAACGUUUCAUAUUGAUCGCGAUAUCUAGGAGCAUAAAAUGUCUUCAAUGUAAAUGACAUUUAUUACACACUAAUGCAUGAAACAAAAGGUGCAUCUACUGUAUGACUUAUCAUUCAGAGGAAAUCCCCCAAUUAUAUGUAUUAAUGGGGCCAUUAUCAUCUAUAAUUUUUUUUCUAAUAUGCAGUACAUGUUAAGAAGUUGGUGA